AUGGACGAUUUUACAGUAGCUGAUGUAUACGAGCAUGCGGCUAAAAUUGGCCAAGAUAUAGAGAGAUUGAUACGGGAUUAUGGGGAGAGUUCGGUGGAAGAUUUAAUGCCGAAGAUCGUUUUUACUUUGGAACAACUCGAAGGGCUUGCAGAAAGAAGGCACAAAGAUACUUCGGCCAUCGACGUCCUUAACGCAGAGAAAGAGAGACUAUUAAUUGAAUGCAAAAGGGAGGCUUUAAUCAGAAGGCAGACAGAAGAGAAAGUUGAAUAUCUAGAGAAUAUGAUGAAUGAUGACACAAAAAGUAUGCAACAUACCAUUAACGUCCUGAGGAAAGAAAAUGAAUUUCUCAAAUCUGAAGUUGAGGAGCUAGACGAAGAGGUUACUACACAAAGAGAUCAAGCUCGACCAAGCAAUGUUGAUUUGAUUGUCAAAAUGAGAAUGGCAAUUGACUCACAAAAGGAUGAAAUAAGAGAACUUAAUCAAGAAAACGAGCGGCAUAAAUCUGAAAUUGAUGCUCUGAAUGAACAGACAAACCGUCUUACAGACAUGAAUGAAAAACUUCGUAUCUAUAAUUCAAAACUACAAGACCGCUUAGCAGAGACAAUCGAACACAAGGUGCAAGCAGAAGCAACUCUCGCAUCAGUAAAAAUUGUUAAGGAAGAUGAAGAUAAGGAAAAUGUUAAAAUUGCAAAAGAAACCAAAGUUCGCUCAGCAGGUGGGAGAGGGAGCUUGAGAGAAAACCAAAAUGUUGCACAGGCAACAGUAAAGAAAGAUGGCGAUGUAGCAACUUCAAUCGAAGAAGACAUGAAGGAAGAGCUUGUAAAUACAAAAGGGCCCACUCCUCCUGAAUUAGGUCCAACCGCAGAACCGGUAAAGAAUGAAGCUGAGGAUAGCGAUGGGUUUGUUUUAGUUCCUCAUAAUGACAGCGAAGCAAACAAUAAGAAGAAGAAAACAUUUAUUGACCGUAGAAAAACUGUGAAAAGUGUGAAAAAAGAAGAAGUUGUAAGUGAAGAGAAAAAUACACCAAAGAAUGAAGCAGAAUCCCCGAAGAAAGAAGACGAGAACGAGAAACCGAUCAAAAAGGAUCCAAAUCGACCGAGAUAUACUUUAGCAGAAAUGCAGCAAGUUUUGGAAGAAAGGAACAGGUUCAAGGAAAGAGUUAGUGUGUUGGAAGAUGUUUUGGCAGCUUAUGUGCCAGGGCCAGUCCGGUCCUCGACAUUAGACAAGAACGACGAAGGCUAUAAGAAGCGUAGGGAAACUGGAGCGAAGAAAGGAAAGGAGACACCCAAGAAAGAGCCAAAAGUUCGUGGAAUAUUUGGCUCGUUUUGGAAAGGAAGUACCUAAACUCUGACUUCAAUAUGAUCAACCCAUGGAAGAUCAAGUCGGACUUUAGCACAAGGAUUAAAAUUGUUUUUCUUGAUGGAACUAUAUACGUAAUUUUUUAUACUUUAUCUAGAAUUGAUAUUUGUAUAAUUUCUAUUUUAUUUUCUACACACAUCCUCUUAUUCGCUGUAUAUAGCCAAUAGAUAACGUAUCAGAUAAAUCAUUGUGUAACUUAAUAUAUGCGAAAGAGCAUCGUU